GCAGCUGGUCAUUCUAACCUCCACGGACCGAGUGAGUGGCGUUCGCCGCGGCGCUCCUGCUGAGGGCUUGUCCCGAAAUGUCAUUCGGCCGCCCUCGAAGAGCAGCGUAACCCGGCCCCGCCGCCGCCCGGAUGGGACCGCCAGAGUUCUAUAAAGUCUCCAGUGAAUUUUGAGUGGCUGAGGAAUUUGAGAAAAAAUAAGACACAUUCCCAUUCCAUGGAUCCCUUGGGUGCACCUUCCCAGUUUGUGGAUGUGGAUACACUACUCAGCUGGGGUGACUUGUGUGAAGAUGAAUUAAAUUCUUCUGAUACUACAGCUCAAACAUUUCCAGAGGACACUACUAGAUCACCUUUUCUCUAUAAUAAAGAUAUCAAUGGGAAAGUAGUUCUAUGGAAAGGAGAUGUGGCGUUACUGAACUGUACAGCCAUUGUGAAUACCAGCAAUGAAAGUCUCACAGACAAGAAUCCUGUUUCAGAAAGUAUCUUCAUGCUUGCAGGGCCUGAUUUGAAGGAGGACCUUCAGAAACUUAAAGGUUGCCGAACAGGUGAAGCCAAAUUAACAAAAGGAUUUAAUCUGGCUGCCCGGUUCAUUAUUCACACAGUGGGACCUAAAUACAAGAGCCGCUAUCGCACAGCAGCUGAGAGCUCCCUGUACAGCUGCUAUCGAAAUGUGCUUCAACUGGCAAAAGAGCAGUCGAUGUCUUCCAUUGGAUUCUGUGUCAUCAACUCUGCAAAAAGAGGUUACCCUCUAGAAGAUGCAACACACAUAGCACUUCGCACCGUAAGGAGAUUCCUAGAGAUUCACGGAGAAACCAUUGAAAAGGUCGUAUUUGCUGUCUCUGAACUUGAAGAGGCUACUUACCAAAAGCUGCUACCUCUGUACUUCCCAAGGUCAUUGAAGGAAGAGAGUCGAUCGUUGCCAUACCUGCCUGCAGAUAUUGGAAAUGCGGAAGGUGAGCCUGUGGUACCUGAACGGCAGAUCAGGAUAAGUGAAAAACCUGGUGCUCCAGAGGACAACCAAGAAGAGGAGGAUGAAGGCUUGGGAGUUGAUCUUUCAUUCAUUGGCUCUCAUGCCUUUGCUCGAAUGGAAGGAGAUAUUGAUAAGCAAAGAAAGCUGAUUCUCCAGGGACAGUUAUCAGAGGCAGCACUACAGAAGCAGCAUCAAAGAAAUUAUAACCGUUGGUUGUGUCAAGCAAGAUCUGAGGAUCUGUCUGAUAUUGCUUCUCUAAAAGCCUUAUACCAAACAGGUGUUGAUAACUGUGGUCGCACAGUGAUGGUGGUAGUUGGAAGAAACAUUCCUGUUACGUUAAUAGAUAUGGACAAGGCUCUCUUAUAUUUUAUCCAUGUAAUGGAUCACAUUGCUGUGAAGGAAUAUGUGUUAGUAUAUUUUCACACACUAACCAGCGAGUACAAUCACCUGGACUCUGACUUCCUGAAGAAACUCUAUGAUGUUGUUGAUGUGAAGUACAAGAGGAAUCUGAAAGCUGUUUAUUUUGUUCAUCCAACAUUUCGUUCAAAGGUAUCCACAUGGUUUUUCACCACCUUUUCUGUCUCAGGAUUGAAGGACAAAAUCCACCACGUGGACAGUCUCCAUCAGCUAUUUUCCGCCAUAUCCCCAGAGCAGAUCGACUUCCCUCCUUUUGUCCUUGAAUAUGAUGCCAGGGAAAACGGGCCUUACUAUACGUCUUAUCCGCCAUCACCGGAUUUGUGACCUGCCAUCUGUCAGUGCUUUGUGAUUACGAGGAUGCCCCUCCCACUACAGAUCACUACCUAGUGAAGUAAUACUCAUUUUUGCUGUACAGAUCCAGAGAGCCUUUUGUCCCCACCUCUCUGGUAUUUUUUUAUUGACUGUAUAUUUUCUGGCACAUAAAGCAAUCUAAACCCGGUAGGCCAUUCUGAACUGCACACAUUUUAAAUUUGUAUAUUUGUAUCAAAUGGAAAUGUUCAUUUUUAGAGUGUUGUUAAUAGCAACCAGGGAGCAACUUUUGAGUAUCUUCAGUUUUCUGAGGGACACUGGAUUCUCCACUUGACAGACCACCAUUAUUGUUCACGUCAUCUCUUUACCAUUGCACGCUUCCUUUGUGUACUUAAGUGACUCUUGAAAUACAUGGAACCAAUCUAUGCUGGCCA